AUGAAGCUUAUCUCCUCUCUCGCUGCUGCAUCCGUUGCUCUGGGCGCUGUCACCGCCGAGACUGACCACGUCGAGCGCGCUCUCGUCCUUGGCGGCGGAGAGGUCCCCAUCGGCACGAAGGCGUACUCGACUGGCAUCCGCUCUACCGCCGACGGAGACACGUACUGCGGUGGAGCUCUUAUCACCCCGAAGCACGUGCUCACUACUGCGACGUGCUCGGGUUUCGAGGCGCCGAACUUCGUGGCAGUGGGAACGCACUACAUCAACGGUACCAAGGACGGCGAGCAGAUCAAGGUGGUGUCGGCUCAGAACCACACGCUGCUUAACGCGACCAGCCUGUCCUACGAUUUCGCCGUGCUGACCCUCGAGAAGCCCAGCAAGUUCUCCCCCAUCAAGCUCCCGAAGUCGGACAACUCGGAUAUCGUUCCGGGUAUGUGGACGAAGGUCAUGGGCUGGGGCGAUACCAGCUUCCCCAACGGCACGCGCUCCGAGGUGCUGCAAAGUGUCGGUCUGGAGGUCUGGGACAACGAAGACUGCCAGCGCAUCUUUACUGUGGACGACUCGGCCGUGUGCGCUGGCGGCGCUGCCGGUAGGGACUCGUGCAUUGGGGACACUGGCGGCCCGCUGGUCAAGGAAAAGGGCCGCGGCGAUGGUGACGACAUUUUGAUCGGUUUGGUGAGCUGGGGUGCUGGCUGUGGCGACAAGGGCUACCCUGCGGUGUACUCCCGCGUGUCGGCCGCUAUUGAGUGGAUUAGCUCCGUCACGAAGACUCAGUAA